GCAUUGAGAACCUUCCCUGUGAACUUCAGAGGAACUUCCAGCUGAUGAGAGAGCUAGACCAGAGAACAGAAGAUAAGAAAGCAGAGAUCGACAUCCUGGCUGCAGAGUAUAUUUCCACAGUGAAGACUCUUUCUUCAGAGCAGCGUGUGGAGCACCUACAGAAGAUCCAGAGCGCCUACAACAAGUGCAAGGAGUACAGCGAUGACAAGGUGCAGCUGGCCAUGCAGACCUAUGAGAUGGUGGAUAAACACAUCCGAAGGCUUGAUGCUGACCUGGCGCGCUUUGAGGCUGACUUGAAGGACAGAAUGGACGGAAGUGACUUUGAAAGCACUGGACCACGAAGCUUGAAAAAAGGUCGGAGUCAGAAAGAAAAAAGAAGCUCCCGGGGCCGAGGCAGGAGAACAUCAGAAGAGGACACUCCAAAGAAGAAGAAGCAUAAAAGCGGGUCUGAGUUUACUGACAGCAUCCUCUCUGUGCACCCCUCUGACGUGCUGGACAUGCCUGUGGAUCCGAAUGAGCCUACAUACUGCCUGUGCCACCAGGUGUCCUACGGGGAGAUGAUUGGCUGUGACAAUCCAGACUGUCCAAUUGAGUGGUUUCACUUUGCCUGCGUGGAUCUCACCACAAAGCCCAAAGGAAAGUGGUUCUGUCCACGAUGUGUUCAGGAGAAGAGGAAGAAGAAGUAGAGCAGAGGCUGUUGUGCCAGACUGAAGAGCAAGCUAAUAUAUUUCUUCACUCAUGUUGCAAUAUUAUCUUUCAUUUUAAAACUACCUUAUUUCAACUGAUAUUUAAAAAUCCAGUGGCCAGUUGUCAUUUUGGAUAUUUCCCAAAAUAAGAAGCCACUGCACCAUUUGCACAGAACAAUCUCACAGGGACUUGCCACGGUGACUUUACAUGCAGGCUCCCCUCUCCUGCAACCUCCCAGCACUGGGAAAGGCAACACCACCUGUGGUGAGUGUCACUUGGGGCUGUAGGCCAAGUGCGUGGUGCAGGGUGAACACGUUUUAACCUGGUGUACUGCCACUGUUUUGUGACUUGAGGGUCAGCCUUGAGUGUCCAUGUUUUCCAGGACUGUCUUGUGGCCUCAUGGAAGCACAGCUGUUGCUCUGUGAGCAAAAUGUUAUCAGGCGCUGUCCCAUGUUAUGCUCUGACCCUGACCGAAGCCCAGGGACUCCUGGCCAACAUACCUCUGAUGUGUCUGGAAAGGACUGGCAGCUCUUCCCAGGUGGAAGUGCUCUCUGAUUAUGCCCAGCCUUUUCAGUGUGAACUUCCAGCCCUCCCUGGAGAGUCAGCUUCCAUUAGCCUUGGACUGUCCCUUAUCACAACCAGCACCGCCCAACAGCGGACAAACAGCCAGGCUGAGCUUCCACCUCUCUGGGAAUUCCUGACUUUUUUUUUUACUGUGAAGAUGAAAUUAUUGUAAUAGCAUGAAGGUCAUGGGUCUGUGUGUCUCCGACGUGAGUCUGUCUGCUGUGAGCUGAUUUUAGAACUCUGCUGUGUUGCAUCCCACUAGACCAGGAAGCCUACAUUCAGGGGGAUUACAAUUACGUGACAUGAUUUGUGAAUUUGUGUGCCCAAUAGCAGUUCUAGAAUGAAGGUAGGAAACUAGAGUUAUUCUUUGUUUAGCCAGUGUUCACAAAACCAGUGUUGAACUGUCUUUUGGAAAUAUUUGGGGGGCGGGGACAUAUACACAGGGCCUGUUGAGGUGUACCUGUGGUGGCUCCUUAAGUGUGACAGGGUCAUGAGGGUUUCCUUUGACUUUGGUAUGUUUCCCAGUGUCUCAGGCUCUCUGAGAACUAAGAAGGCCUGUCCUUGGCCUCACGCCAGAAAACGACCCACAAAACAGAGCUGGGUUACACAAUUUCCAAUUUAAGGAGACGCCAGUUUUUUAUCUGAAGACAGGCACAUUAUUUUAAGGUGGUCAUGUCUAAGUAGAUAGGUUUCCCUCCCACUUUAUCCAAGGAAAGGAAACAAAACAGAGGAAGUUGUAUCUGCUCCACAUCAUGCCAUCACGGUCAUGUUCCUACUGGACAGGGUGUCCUCCACAGCCUGUCCCAGCAAGAGAGAGAGAGAGACAGGAAUGGCUUGUGUUCGUGCUACUGAGUAAGUUGGUCCAUGUUGACCUUUCCUGGGCAGCAGGUGCUAAGCAACAGUGUAAGCUUGUCUCCAGACUAGGAGGAGCUUUGGAAAUGCGGUUCCUGUGGUCUCUGGGUUUGAGGGGCUGGCUUUCUUCUUUAGGACCACCUCUCAGGCUUAGAUGUGAUAGACAUUUUCAUUUUUUGGUUUUGUUUUGUUUUGUUUGGUUUUUGAUUUUUGGAGACAGGGUUUCUCUCCUGGAACUAGUUCUGUAGACUAGGCUGGCCUUGAACUCAGAGAUUUGUCUGCCUCUGCCUCCUGAGUGCUGGAAUUAAAGGUAUACGCUACCACCAUCAGCUAGACAUUUUCAUUUCUUAGCCUUUUGUUGUUCUAAAGCUUUGUGAGGAUAAGUUACAGGUGGUUUUUUUUGUUGUUUUGUUUUUCCCUUUUCCCUUUUUAUUUUAAAGACCAGGUCUUAUGUAUCCUAGGCUUGCUUUGAGCUCACAGUGUAGCUGAAGAUAACUUUGAUCUUUUGAUCGUCCUUCCUGCAUCUCCCAAAUGCUAAGGUUACAGAUGUGCACUAACAGGUCUGGCUUUGCAAUGUUAGGGACCAAACCCAGAACUUUUUUUUUUUUUUCUUUUUUUGCUUUUUUGAGACAGGGUUUCUCUGUAUAGUCCUGGCUGCCCUAGAGCUCACUCUGUAGUCCAGGCUGGCCUUGAACUCACAGAGAUCUGCAUGUCUCUACCUCCCGAGUGCUUUUUUUCCCCUUCAGUCCUAGGGGUCAGGCCUCAUGCAUCCUUUAAUUUAAUUUAAUUUAUUUGGAGGCAGGGCCUAAUUAUGUAGCUCAGACUAGCUUUGAACUAGCAGUCACCCUGCCUGAGCCAUGAAAUAUUGGGAUUAUAGGCAUGUGCCACCUGUAAUAUCUGGACCUCUUGUAAUUUCUGUAAGCACAAGAAGUUUUAAAUCAGAUCUUGCCUGAUAAUGCCUUAGCAGCUGAGUAAUACCUGAGAUGCAGCCUGAGGCAGAGGAGCGUUUCCUAGUGGAGGUGCUAGAGGCUGGCUACACUCCAUUUUCUGGCUUCCUGAGGUCAUGCUGGCUUCCCUGACUUCCACCUGGGGCCAUCCUACAUAGUGACUUUUGACUUAUUUAUUUUUGCAAAUUUCUCUAUCUGCUUUUCCCCCCUUCUUUUGACAGUUAUAAUGAUGCCCCUCCCCCAAUAAGAUGCAAAUAGCUUGGAAACAAAAGAGUUCAUGGGUUUGGGGAAUAAUUAGCCUACCUUGUGUGAAGCUCAGUGUAGCAUUGUUUGUGUGGUGGUGAGCAAAGCCACCUUCCAAAAAUGAUGGUCUAGGCUUGAUCCUUGGCAACGAAACAGCAACAGAGAAGCAGGAAGGAAAGUUUGUUGUGUCCUCGCCAACACACUGAUGGAGUGCUUGUCCCUUUGUUACUGUCUGUGAGCAAGGAAGGAGGAUGUUCGAGGAGAAGUCAAGCAGCAGCUCCAGCUCGGGUGCUGUGCCGCUGGGCACCUUUCCGGAAGCCCUAGCUAGCUGUCUCCAUCGUUGGACCAGAUACUCUUUCACGACUGCCCAUCGAGACCUGACUCUUGAGCUGUCCUUGCUUCUUGGACAGUGUGUGGGUAGGGUGACCCCACAGGUCACUAUGGCAGCCAAGGCUGGGUCCUCACUAUGUCAUUCCCUUUCCUUAUAAGUACGUGAGUGUUUUGCUAAGAGGAGAGGAAUCUUCUCUAUUUCCUGUGCAUAUUAUCAGUAGUUUGAAUUUCUCCAGUUUCUUAUAGAAGAAGCAUGAUGAAUUAAUAAAAAACUGAGCCCUAAGAUCUGUGAACAUGCUAGAGGUGUGAUGGUCCAAGCAGUGCUGACCGUCUGCCUGUCCAGCAGGUGAGGUCAGUAGGAGCCAGGCCACCGGCUGUGUCUUCCACUCUGCAGUGAAGAGCCAUGUGGUGUGAGGGCUUGUGGAUGGCUGAGGAGGUGGCCACCUGCUUGCUCCUGUGCAUAUGGCAUCUUGCCUUCUAUCCCUCACCUGUCCCCAGAAGGCCUUGGCAGGGAUGCUUCAAGCAAUAACACUGUCCAGAGAUCAACUCCUCCAUGCUCUACCGUGCCAGGGUUGGCCCUAUUAUGAGGUUAGGUCUUCAGGGUUUGAAACCAAACAGUGAGGGGCAUUCAUUUCAGGCUUUGAACCCAUUUUCUAUGAACGGAGACUGGUCUUCACUGCCUAUACUGAGAGGAGCUUUGAAGCAAGGAGGUCUAAGAAGUGUCUUUUCCCUCAGAAUGUGCUGUGGUGUUCGUUCUCUGCCACACUCCAUCCAUCAGGGUGAUGCAGCUUUAACAUGAAUGUCACAUUUUAUUUUCAAGGAAUUAUUACCUAUGUCCCCUUUGUAAAGGAGAGAUAUUAUUGUAAAUCUUUUUAUUAAAUAAUGUAAAGAUGUAUAUCUGUAUUUUUGGAUCAUGGAUUAUGGAUAUAUUGUUUAAUAAAUAAAAUAUUUUUGGGAAGAAACA